AUGAAAUUAUUUAUUUUAAUUAUUUUAUCCAUUUGUUUGGCUUUAGUAAAUUCCCAACAAGGUGUUUACCCAGAUAGUGGUGUUUAUGUUUCAUUAAAUUCAAAUUUUUUAGCUACUUUUGGUAAUGAAUUUACUCAAACAAUUCAAAAUCAAAUUAAUUCAUAUCCAGUUGCAAAUGUUGAUGGUAAAACUGGUAAAGUUAGUUACUCUGUAACUAAUAUUCAACAAUCAGUACAACUUGGAGAUUUCUUUUUUCAACAAACAGGUGUAAACACUUAUAAUAUUGGUUGGAAUAGUGUUACAUUUACAAUUACAACCGAUUAUCAAGGUUGUUAUAAAAUUGGUGGUCUUAAAAAAUUAUCAAUUUGUGAAAAAGGUGAUAUCAAAAUUAACUCUCAAGCAACUUUAUCAUUAUCGAUUGCAAUGACCAUUGAUUUCACUCAAUCAACUCCAACCAUCUCUUGUUCUUCUACAACCUUGAAUGUACCUGCAAAUGGUAUAAACUAUAAUGUUCAUUGUUCAAGUAAAGUUUGUGAUAAAACUCAUGAUAUUACAAAUGAAAUUGCUUCUAAAUUUGUACCAUCAGUUGAAUCUGGUAUGACUACAGAAAUUAAUAAUAAUGUUGGAAAAUAUUUAUCAUUAUUUCCAAGUUUAAGAGAUAUGAAUAUGGAGUAUAAUGGUAAUGAAUUUUAUUUAGAUUCAAGAGGUACAAUUGUAGAGUCAAGUCAAGGUGGAGUGUUGACACCAACAAUGGUGUUAGCAAUGAAUGGUGGUAUUGUUGUAAAGAAUAGUGCUGGUCAAUUUAUUUAUCCAACUCAAUCACCAAGUUCAUUACCAAGUGAGGAGGCAGUUGAAGAUUUUCAAACUGAUAUUGCAGUAACAUUGACACCAUACUUGUUUGAGUCAUUGGUAGAUGCAAUGUUUGAAUCAGCCUUACCAAUGACAAUUACACCAUCUGAAGUACCAUCAGAAUCACCAGUUCAUUUAAAUACUUCUGAUCCAUUCUUUAAUCAAACUGCACCUGGAUUAACUGGUAAAUAUCCAAAUUCUCCAAUUGAUGUUGAAAUUAUUUCACCAUCAUCAUCAAGUCAAACCAUGGUAUCAAUUAAUUCAACUGGUGUUUUAGUUGGUUUACAUUCAAUUCCAGUUAAUUUCAUUGUAAAUGAUGAAACAGUUUUUCAAAUUCUAUUCAAUUUUAAUAUUGAAUUAACACCAGCUUUAUCUCAAUCCUCUAAUGGUAUUAGUGUAACUGGUACACUUGAUAAAUUAGAUGCUUUGGUUACAGUUGGUUCAACAAGUGUUGGUGAUAUUGAUGUUUCAGGUUUUGUUCAAUUAAUUGAAUUAGCUCAAGGUUUAGUUAAAAUUCCAACCAUUACAAUUCAAAAUCCUUUAACAACUUAUUCACUCUCUGAUUUAUCUUUAUCAAUUGGUGAUCAAUAUAUUCAAAUUUUAGGUAAUCUUCAACAACAACAACAACAACAACAAAAACAAAAACAAAUUUUAAUUAAAUAA